AUGCAUCGUGAUGGCGGUCGGGGACGGAGGACGAGACGGUCAAGGAUUGUGGAGGACAGGCAGAAAGGCGCUUUUCAUGUCAUUGUUCUGGGUGCUACAGGCGGACCGCGAGAAGACGUAAUCACAGGGUUGUUAGUUCGUUCGACCGCUACGAACUGGUCUGCGGGCUCCAUUAUCGCCAUAGAUGCGGGCACUCUGCUGGGGGGCAUAAUCCGAGUGCUCGAGACCUCGAAUUACGUCAAAGUUGAAGGAUCAACAGAUGUUAAAAUGCGCAUUAUAGAUGGACCUUUUGCGGGUCUCAGACUUCCCAACCUUACCGCCGGAGCCAAUGCAGCCUAUAUAUUUCGCGAAAUCAUUUCGUCCAUUUUCAUCACACAUCCGCAUCUGGACCAUAUCGCAGGCCUAGCCAUGAAUACGCCGCUAGUGGAGGCCCAAUCGAAUCCCAAAAUAGUCGGUGCCCUCCCUUCCACCAUUGCUGCUAUCAAGAAUCACAUUUUCAAUGAUAUUACCUGGCCAAACCUGUCUGAUGAGGAUGGCGGUGCUGGCCUGGUCACUUACCAGCGACUCGUUGACGGGGGAAACCCAAGGCUGGGCCGUGGAGACGGCCGUGGCUAUGUCAGGGCUUGUGAAGGGAUAGUUACCAAGUGUUUGAGCGUCAGUCACGGUCGUUGCAGGCAACGGUAUCAUCCGGAAACUGGCAAACACCAUCGAGCUGAGAGUACGAUAUUCACUACAGACCCUGUAUUGCUUCCUUCCAGGAGAGUAUCGAUAGACACGCAAGACCUCACGCGAUCAUAUACUCCAACCCAUCAAGUUCUUAGCAGUGGUAACUCCAACGGCAAAGAUAUGACCAUAGCCACCGUCGAAAGCUCCGCCUUCUUCCUCCGCGACGACUACUCCGGUACCGAAAUCAUCGUAUUUGGCGACAUCGAACCAGACAGCUUAUCCCUCGAACCCCGCAAUGGUAAGGUAUGGGAUAUCGCCGCUCCCAAGCUCGCCAACGGAACACUUCGGGCUAUCUUUGUCGAAUGCUCGUUUCCGGAUUCCGUCGAUGACAACUAUCUAUACGGUCACUUGUGCCCGCGCCACCUCAUCGCGGAGCUCGAGGCGCUAGCCAGCAGAGUCAUUGAGGCAACAAAAUCCAAUUACGAAACCGUCGUGGCGCGGAAGCGCAAGCGGCCGGGCUCCGUUGUGGUUCCCGAUGAUGACCUCAGCAGCCCUAGAUCCGUCAAUCCCUUCUCUCAAGGUCGACGAACGAGUUCCCCCACCUCAUGCUCGAGAAGGAGGACUCGACAAUCCAGUUCCGGUGAUCAACCGCUCCCCCUAACAGCACACAAGACGGCCCACGGACAAUCCACCACACCGCCACCAUCUGGGUCUCCUAUGGAUGAUGAUAGGGUUACGCCAGAGUCAAGCUCAAUGGGCGAGUCCGUGAAAUGCAGAAGGUCGAGUUGGUCGGUGCAGAAACCCCUGUCUGGUCUUGGAGUUUAUAUUAUCCAUGUCAAGGAUUCGUUGGCUGAUGGAACUCAUCCGCGACAGCAGAUAUUGGAAGAACUACGGGCGUAUAAUGAGGAUGCAGGGUUGGGAUGUGAAUUUUUUGCUCCGAUGUCUGGGGAGGCUUUUUUUGUUUGA